AUGUCCAUCCUGCUGAACAACAACAACAGUUCAAAUGGCGCAGGCUCUCUGCAUUAUAACAAUCAAAGUGAUAAUCGCAGCAGCAGCGGAAGCAGCAGCCCCAUCAUCAACAUCCCCACUGCCAACAACAACAACAACAAGAUACCAUAUCAUCGCUUAACACCUGCCAGCAAUCUCUUGACAAUGCAUGACACUGACCCCUCACAACCCGGACAACCGGGCCAACAACCACAACAGCAACAGGAGUCCCUGUUUGCCGCCACCAAGAAGGUGAUCGUCGCCGGUACAGGCUUCUUGUGCGAUGCAUACGAUCUAUUUGUGAUUAAUAACGUCAUUGUCAUUCUACAGAUAUUAUACCCAGAGACAAAGGAUACGGCUUCAGUUGUUUCCACCGCAGCGCUAUGGGGUGCCGUGGCCGGACAACUAAUCUUUGGAUUCAUGGCAGAUAGAAUUGGUCGACGAAUUGGAUUCAUCAUCACUCUGACAUUGAUUACAAUUGGUGCCUUUGGCUCUACGCUCUCCUUCAACAUUCAGGGCUCCAAGUUCAACAUCUUUGCCAUGCUGGCGCUGUGGCGUACGAUCCUCGGUAUUGGCGUCGGCGGAGAGUACCCGCUGUCGGCCACCAUCUCGUCCGAGUCGUCCAGCACCGACCAGAAGCGUGGCACCCAGGUGGCCUCUGUCUUUUCGAUGCAAGGUGUCGGCAUUAUCAUGUCGCCAAUCGUUGUACUCGUCCUGCUCAAGAUCUGUGGCGAGCCACACCUUGACAUUGUGUGGCGUGUUGCUCUGGCUAUUGGUGGUCUGCCCGGCCUCAUCAUGAUCUACUUCCGUAUCCGCAUGAAGGAGACCAAGGCGUUCACCAAGCGCAAGGACACCCUGGGCAAGCGCGAGGUUGCCAAGUACAUUAUCAAGAAUCACUGGCGCACCCUUGUGGGCACAGCCGGCAACUGGUUCAUUUUCGACAUUGUAUUCUACGCCAACGGCCUGUUCUCAUCGACCAUCCUGCAAGUUCUCAACCUGGACCACGCCAGCACCAGCUUCGAGAAGCUCAACAACACUGUGCUGGUCGCCCUCUACCUGGCUCUGCUUGGUCUGCCAGGUUACUUUGUCGGUGUGGCCCUGAUCGACCGUGUGGGCCGUCGCAACCUCCAGUUGGCUGGCUUUGCCCUGCUCGGCAUCACCUACGUCAUCAUUGGCGCCGCACUAGACUCACUCGUCAAGAUCAAGGCCCUAUUCAUUAUCCUGUACGGCCUGACGUUCUUCUUCUCCAAUGCCGGACCAAACACCACGACCUACGUGCUGCCGAGUGAGUCAUUCCCAACACGUGUGCGUGCCACCUGCCACGGUAUCUCUGCUGCCUGUGGCAAGCUUGGCGCCGUGCUCGGUGGCUAUGCUAUCGGACCAUUCUUCCACUCGAACGGUCUGGCGCACACCCUCUACGUGUGCGGUGGUAUCUCGUUUGCUGGCCUCAUCCUGACAUUCUUCUUCACCAAAGAGACGAUGAACCGUCCACCUGUCGAGGACGACUUUGACAUGGACGACGUGUCAAACGGUGAUGAAGUGACACCAGGCGAGUCUGACGAUUUGGACAGUUCCCAAGUCAAGCUCACAGGUGAGCAUCCAACCAAGGUGGAGGUCUAA